GUAGUGCUCGUCACAAAAAACUAGUGAACGCGCAGUAAAACCCGUUGGUGAGGUAACCACAGGGCGCGUAACACUGGUGUUUUUGAUGGAGCCAGAGAACUAGGAAGGGCGGCUAUACCUUUAAGUGAUAGAAAACGAAACAAGUAGCAUUCACCGUUCACUACUGGCUCCAUUAGCUGGAAUAUUAGACCGAGAGGCAAUUUCGCUAUGAUAUUUGUUCGACUGCUUCUCACGUUGUGCCUUCUGCCAGCUAUUCCAGGUCAACUUGAAAACCGCCUAAACAAAUAUAUUAGCCACUAUGAAGGUCUGUCCUAUGACACAGAGGAAGUCCACAGGAACCACCAGAGGGUCAGGAGGGCACUGUCUCCUCACGACAACACUGUGCACCUCAACUUUCACGCCCAUGGAAGAAAUUUCAACUUACGAUUGAAGCGAGAUACAACGAUAUUCUCUCCAGAUCUUGUCAUAGAAGUUUCAGGAGAGGAGUCACCCGGAGAUACGUCACAUAUUUACAGUGGAGAAAUCUUUGGUGAAAAGGGCACGUUGACCCACGGCUCUUUAGUUAAUGGGCGCUUUGAGGGCUUCAUCAAAACCCACCAGGGGACUUAUUUUGUUGAGCCCUCAGAGAGGUAUCUACAGCACAAGGAACCCACUUUCCACUCCGUCAUCUACCAUGAAGAUGACAUUGAUUAUCCUCAUAAGUAUGGCUCAGAGGGCGGCUGUGCUGACCACACUGUGUUUGAGAGGAUGAGGAGGUACCAGGCAUCAGCAGUGGAGGAGCCGGCCCAAGAAGUUAGCAACGUGUUGGAAAAGGAGCGGUUUGAUGGUCCUGUGGUUCUAAGGAGCAGAAGGGCUGCUGGGAAGGAUAAGAACACUUGCCAGCUUUUUAUCCAGACUGACCACAAGUUUUAUGAUUACUACCGGUCUCGAGAGGCCGUCAUUGCUCAGAUUUCCAGCCAUGUAAAGGCCAUUGACUCCAUUUACCAAGCCACUGAUUUCAUGGGCAUUAGAAACAUUGGCUUCAUGGUGAAAAGGAUCAGGAUAAAUACCACUGAGGAUACCAGAGACCCCAGUAACCCCUUUCGCUUUGGCAAUAUUGGGGUGGAAAAGUUUUUGGAGCUGAACUCUGAACAGAACCAUGAUGACUACUGCCUGGCCUAUGUCUUCACUGACAGGGACUUUGACGAUGGCGUUCUUGGUUUGGCUUGGGUUGGAGCCCCCUCCGGAAGCUCUGGGGGCAUCUGUGAGAAGAGCAAACUCUACUCAGAUGGGAAAAGGAAAUCUCUUAAUACUGGUAUCAUAACUGUACAGAACUAUGCCUCUCAUGUUCCUCCUAAAGUGUCACACAUCACCUUUGCUCAUGAGGUUGGACACAACUUUGGCUCACCUCAUGAUUCUGGGAUUGAAUGCACCCCUGGUGAGUCUAAGGCUCAGGAAAAAAAGGAGCUGGGAAACUACAUCAUGUACGCCAGGGCCACUUCUGGGGACAAGUUGAACAAUAACAAGUUCUCCAUCUGCAGUAUCCGCAAUAUAAGUGCUGUUCUGUCAAAGAAAAGGAACGAUUGCUUUGUUGAGUCUGGACAGCCUAUCUGUGGUAAUGGAAUGGUGGAAGCUGGAGAAGACUGUGACUGUGGUUACAGUGAUCAGUGUAAAGACACCUGCUGCUACAGUGCCAAUGAAGAGGAGGGUAAAAGAUGUAAACUCCGACCAGGCAAACUCUGCAGUCCAAGCCAAGGACCUUGUUGCACAGCAACCUGUGGUUUUAAGGGUACAGGUGAACAGUGCAGAGACUCAUCUGAAUGUGCCCGGGAGGGCUUUUGUAAUGGGGCAACAGCACAGUGCCCUACCUCGGAACCAAGAGAAAACUUUACAGCCUGUCAUUCAAACACACAAGUCUGCCUCAAUGGGGCCUGCUCCGGUUCAAUUUGUGAGAAGUACAAUCUGGAGGUGUGUACGUGUGCCAGCCAAGAGGGCAGCCUGGAUGAGGCAGCAGAUCUGUGCCAUGUGUGCUGCAUGGAAAAAAUGAACCCCAGCACCUGCAGCAGCACAGGUUCAGACAGGUGGAACAGUUUCUUUGACAAGAACAUCAUCACCCUGCAGCCAGGCUCACCCUGCAAUGACUUUAAGGGCUACUGUGACGUCUUCAUGAAGUGUCGACUGGUGGACGCAGAUGGACCUCUGGCCAGGCUGAAGAAAGCCAUCUUCAACGCAGAGCUCUAUGAGAAUAUCGCAGAGUGGAUAGUGGCUCACUGGUGGGCAGUGCUGUUGAUGGGUAUUGCUCUUAUUAUGCUAAUGGCUGGCUUCAUCAAGAUCUGCAGUGUACACACUCCCAGCAGCAACCCCAAACUGCCCCCACCAAAACCACUGCCAGGUACACUGAAACGGAGAAGAGCUCAGAACCCACAGUCACAGGGUGGAUAUCAGAUGGGACAGAUGGGACAGAUGAGAGAGAUGAGACCGAUGAGACGCUGAGACACUGCUCUGAUUUGGCCGUGGUUUUCCCCUAGUGCCUACAUAAGGAACAGUUCACUCCAAAGAGUAAGCUUUACCACAGAGAUGUAAAGAACAUGAAACUGAAACAGCUUCACUGGACAACACCUGAUUGUCCUUUUUUUAACUCAACAUCACCGCUCCCUGAGCUCAAAGAUUAUCAGUGGUUCACAAAGCUUUUGUUUGAAAAGGUGUAAUUUUCCUGUAUAUACUAGUGCAAAAAUUCCCAUCUUUAUCAUGUAUUAGGUUGUUUUUUUUUCUUCUUUUUUUCAGCUCUCAGCAUUUUCUGCACGUACUGUCUAGAUAAACUGAGAUCUCUCUAAAGCCAACACCUUAGACCUCCUCAGGAGAUGAGUCUGUGGUUCACCUAACCUGUGCCUUGUAAACACAACACAAUCCAGGUUUACUCGUUCCAUACUGUUGUGUUUUGCUCUGAAUCUGGUCUUUUUGCAUUUAAAUGCUCAAGAGCUGCAGUUGCUGCUGCUCAUAAAAAGAAAACUGUCCACAGUGAAGAGACAAACCAAGGCUUUAGGACAGAUUAUAGUUCACUUCAGGAUCACACACUGCAGGGUCACUUUUUGACUAAAGAAUUUAAAAUGUUUUAAUACGUGAGCAUCUAAUAAAAUUAUUAAGAAAAGUUUGGAAAUGUUUAGAAAAUCUUUGUUUUCCUUCACUUUUAUGGGCAUGUAGUGUAGAGUAUGCAGGACAUUGAAGAUACUUCUAAGUCUAAUGAUGAUGUGAAUUAAAAAUACAUGUCAUGACAGACACAUUACAGAGAAAACAACACAAGUUUUAAUCAUCAACCAAUUUUCUGUCAUUCAAAGAAAAGAUGAAGACGCAUAUUUGCCUUUUUCUGAUUUCCGCUUCUGAAAGCUUCAUCUGUCCUCUUCCUACUUUAAAACACUGCGCUCUGUAGUACAACAGCAUGACUGCAAGCUGGGUGUAUUUAGCUCGAAUUCAGAGGUGUUUCUUGCCAAUAUGGUUUUAUUAUUUUCAAACCAAACCAAAGCACCAUUUCUUUCACUCUCGUUGUGUGUGAGUGCAGUUGUUCUUGCAGUAGAUUUAUUGCUGUAAAAUUACAUGUGUCUGUAUGAAGAUUAUUUACUUUUAAUCCAUAUCUCAGGAUAAAUAGAAAAAAUGAUGAAUCAGAUUAUGGAUGAGUUUGAAGGUGUGAUCGAUUUACUUUAUGCAUAUUGCUCUUGUCAUGAAUGCUUUUGCAGCUGUGUUUACAUUGUAGUUUGGGGCACGGCUUUCAGACUUGUACAGUUGGUAAUAACUGACGACAAACCCUGUUAGAAACCACUAAAAACCUUAAAUCCUCCAGGUUUCUUUAGCCAGACGAAGAACCUUCCUUGGUUGAAUGUGAUCUGUUUUUUGUUCUUUUUUUUGCAUUUUAAAGUGUUUGCAUAUCUAGUGAAAAUUACUCAUUUAAUAGAAAACUACAGACUCUUAAUUUGUCGGGCUGCUCUCAACAGACAUUUACCUUUUUCUAGACUUUCCCAGUGCUGUUCCCGUUAAACAAAGAUCAGAUCAAAUCAGGUUUCUGCAUGAAAAUAUGUUUACUUGCAAAAGUGUAACUGUAAAUUACAUAAUGAAAAUUGACAUUGGCAUCUAAAGGUCAAUAAGUUGAUCUGCUGGUUGAAUGUAAGUCUGUAUUUGAAAUAGGUUACUACAUUGUUUAUAAUGUCCAGAAAUAUGUAUCUGAAGAGUUUUACUUUGGAAAUGCUAAUCUUAUUUAGAGGAAAAUAAUUGAAUCAUCACAGGAAAGGCCACACUGAUGGACACUGUACUUGAUUGACACACAGAUGCAACUGUUGAAGUACAGGGUCUGUCCUAUGUACAUCGUGUUGCACUUUCCUGUUUUCCUUUAAAUUAAAUUGAUCAUUUAUUGAGACCAAAAAAGAAUUGAGAGAAAUGCUUAUUGUCAUUACUAGUUUGCUUCCUGUGCUUCAUUUUCCAAUCGAAUGGCUUUGUUUCCUUAUAUCAUUAAGUAUGACUGAAGAUGGUAGUGAUGGCUUUGGUAUUUUUCUGGAUUUAAGCUGCAGUGAUGGCAGAAAUUGGUGACUUGGUAAUGCAGUGAUAAUCAUAUUGAAUACACACUGUACUGAUCUACAUAGAAACAAGUAUAUAUUUUUUACAGUAUACAAGCUCAUGUAUUAUGUUUUGCAAUUAGUUUGUUGAUUGUGUAUUACUGCUCUGAUUUCUUCACCCAUCGUCCUCUGAGGUUUUUUAGAGGUCAGUAAACCAGGUCACCUUCACUCACAGACCUGACAAAUAUUGAAGAGCAGUAUCAGUCAUAUUUUUUUUCUUUGUACAAAUGUUGAUCAGACUAUGCAAACAAUAUGUGUGAACAUAUUAUAUCCUCUUAGAGAGAAAUGCCUUUUCACUGAUGUGUACAUGCACAACACAAUGUGUCUAGUUUGCCUUUGCAGAGUUUAGAAGAUGACAAAAAUCAACCUUCCACUGCUUCUCUAGUAUUUUCUGAAUUUGCUACUUGGUCAGGACUUAAAACUUUAUUUUUAUUACUUAGGUAUUUUUUUAAAGCUUGUACGUGUGUGUGAGACAGAGAGAGAAACCGAGAGGUUGUUAAAUUAGCUUUUUGUUGCUAUGCUAUGGUGUGGAGUUAAUUGGGUGUUUUGGGACAUUACUCUGGGAUAACUUUCCUUUCCAUUUUUGUGGUGUUUAGAACAUAUGCACUGUAAGCGUUAGUGAUGUAAGCUGAGACUCCAAAAGACUAGAUUCCGUACUGCUGUCUUAUUUUAAUGUCUCCUGUUUUUGUACAGUGUUCUCCUGUUUUGUUUGAUGUGUUCUUUUUUCUUUACCUGGCAUAUUUUAAAAAAUAAAUUUGCAAAUGAAUUGUGCAAAAGUUACAUUUUUGAAAUACUUGAAAUGCAUUAAUCAAGAACUAUUAAAAAUGAUGCAUCUUUU